CUUGAGAGAAACACAACAAAAAUGAUUAAUAAACAUUCAGGUUAGAAAUCUCUAUGAAUGCAGAUAAAGGUUUCACUCCAUGAAAAUUAGUAGGACAGCACUGACUUGUUAUGCCAGCUUUGUCAUCAAUAAAGCAUGGAGAAUCGAACCACAGUGCCUUAUUUUCUGCUUCUGGAAUUAUCAAAAAAUCGGCAUCUGCAGUUUUUACAUUUCUUCUUCUUCUUUGUGUUAUAUCUUGCAACUGUAACAACAAAUCUUCUCAUCAUCUCUGCAGUUGUUUUUGACCAUCGAUUGCACAGCCCCAUGUAUUUCUUUCUCAUGAAUUUAGCUCUGCAGGAUGUGGGCAUUGUUUCAGUCAUUGUCCCCAAAUCCAUGAUAAAUUCACUCAUGGAUACCAGACACAUUUCUUACUUUGGUUGUGUUGCUCAAUAUUUUCUCUUUCUCUCCUUUGAAGCUUCUGAUUUAUCCCUCCUGACAGUCAUGGCAUAUGAUCGAUAUGUUGCCAUUUGUCAUCCAUUGCACUAUGAAAUGGUGAUGAAUUGGAAAUACUGUACUGAAAUAAUAAUUCUAGUGUGGGUUACAGGUCUCCUCUAUGGAAUGUUGCAUACCACUGGCACUUUUUCCAUCCUUUUUUGUUCUAAUAUUGUCAAUCAAUUCUUCUGUGAAAUUCCACAAUUAUUAAAACUAUCUUGCUCUGGAUUAAAUCUAUUUGAGGCUGGAAUUCUUAUGGCCAGUGUUAUUGGUGGACUAGGUUGUUUUACUUUUAUAGUUGUAUCUUAUGCAGUGAUCUUCAAGGCAGUGUUUAGAAUCCCUUCUGAACAAGGAAGACAAAAAGCCUUAUCCACUUGUAUUCCACACCUCACAAUAGUGUUUAUCUUAUUAUUAAGUGGAUGCCUUGCCAAUCUGAGACCUGCCACUAAUACUCCAUCUUAUAUAGAUUUUGGGUUGACUGUUCUGUAUGCCCUUGUUCCACCUCUGUUCAAUCCAAUCAUUUAUAGCAUGAGAAAUAAAAAUAUCAAAUUUGUCCUUUCUCAACUGUGGAGAUUUUGAUAAAUUCUUUUAAUAUUGUUUAUAUUCUAUUCACUAUAGUUUUCCCUACUUCUGUGAAUAAAAGAAUAUAGUAGAAAGGGAUAGUUUGGAUGCAGCAAAUCCAGCACUAUAUAUGUUGGUUUACAAAUGUCCCUAAUUACUUUCAACACCUUUUACAGUUUCUAAAUAUGGAUGUUGGGCAGCUUUGGCAUUCCACAUGCUGACAAUUCCUGUUGUUUAGUGAAGUGAGAUACAGAGUGUACAAUUGGUGGUGUGAGAAAUUUUAUAUCAAAAUAUAUUUUAUUCUUUAUAUUAUUUACAUCUUCUCUUAAAACAUUAACAGAAUGGUUUGAGAAUCAAUGUCUCCACUACAUAAUUGACACAUAACUGACAGUUGAAACUAAAUAAAAAA